CCUCGCGCUUUUCUCACUCCACUCUUCUCUUCUCUUCUCCGACGUCGUUUCGAAUCGCCGCGGCUUCUUUGAAAGCCUAAUCGCCGCCGCCGUACGAUGCCUCGCGCCACUUCCAAAAGAAAAGCGCCACCGUCGACCUCCGCCUCCGCCACCUCCUCCGACGUCGUUUCGGCGCGUCCAGUCGCAGGUAAAAGAGGGAAAAAGGAGGUAGACAAGAUAGGCGACCUAUUCGAUGUGUACGCUAACAAGAGCCUGGACACGAUUGACCCAGAAGGAAUCGUGUCUCUUUGUUCGCAUUUGGGAGUGGACCACACUGAUGUCAGAAUCCUGAUGCUUGCUUGGAAAAUGAAAGCGGAAAAGCAAGGCUACUUUUCCAGGGAAGAGUGGCGAAGAGGCUUGAAAGAUUUGAACGCUGACACCAUCACUAAAUUGAGGAAAGCACUCCCAGGUCUUGAAAAAGAGUUGAUGGCCGCACCCAAAUUUGAAGAUUUCUAUGCUUUUGCAUUUCAAUACUGCUUGACAGAAGACAGGCAAAAGAGUGUUGAUAUCGAGACCGUUUGUGAAUUACUGAAUCUUGUGCUAAGUCCCAAAUACCGUUCCCAGGUUGAUUUAUUAAUCAAGUAUCUGAAGGUCCAAAGUGAGUACAGGGCAUUAAAUGCGGAUCAGUGGAGACAUUUUUACCGGUUUUGCAAGGAGAUAAGUUUCCCAGAUCUCGAAGACUAUGAUUCUGAUCAAGCAUGGCCUGUGAUAAUUGAUAAUUUUGUUGAAUGGAUGAAAGAAAACAAGUAAAGCUAAUUUGAUCGUCCUUGGGGAAAAUGUGACCCCUUUUGUGAGAAUACAAUGCUAACUAUAAGAAGGGCUUGCGAAGAAUGACUUUCCAAUUUUACUAACAAAUCACUCAUGCUUCUCGGUUUUUCGUUGUUUGGGACUUGUUGUGGAGCUGCCUCUGCCUCUUAUGAGUGCCACAUUUUUGGCGACGAGGAAAUUUUCAGUUUUAAUACGAAUUGUAUCAUCGAGUGUGGUUCCCUGCUAUGUUUUUGGCAAUUGAUGAAUUGAUACAAGACCUUUUUUUGCAAACUCAAGUUUAAACAUGUACUGAAAUUUUUUUAAAUUCUGUUUCAAACAGUACUUUGAUAA